AUGGCCCCGCCCGCUCCAGCCGGCGCCGCCGCCGUGCCCGAUGAGCUCGCUCCGGGACCGGGAAGAGAAGCCAAGCACCAGUGCGCUGGCGCGCGCCUCCUGUCGCUCGCCGUGCAGGCGGCCGUGAUGGCGGCCGCGCUCGCGAUCUUCGUCCUCUUCGCCGCCGCGUCCGCCUUGCUCCUCCUCGUCCUCGUCCUCGCCGCGCGCGCCUUCCGCCACCACCGCGGCAGCCGCUACCGCGUCCCGUCGCUCGACCCUUCUUCCCCUUCGCCUCCGCCUCUCCGCGCGGGGCUCUCGCCCGCCGACAUCGGCCGCCUCCCAAGCUUCGCCUUCCCCGGCGGCAGCGCCGGCGCCGGCGACGAGUCCGCCUCCGCCUCCUCCUCCUACUCGUGCGCCGUGUGCCUCGAGGCCGCGCGCGCCGGGGAGCGGUGGCGCGCGAUGCCGGCCUGCACGCACGCGUUCCACGCCGCCUGCGUCGACCGGUGGCUCGCCAGGACGCCCGCCUGCCCGGUCUGCCGCGCCGCUGUCGCCAUCCCCGUCCCGAUGAGCUAA